AUGGACCCCAAAUAAAGAAAAGAUCGUUCAACAUCAAGGGAUAAAAAGAAAACAAAUAAAAAAUAAACUCAAUAUAGUUAUGGAUAGCUGAAGUAAGUAUUUGUAUAGACUAUAAGAUUUGGGGAAGUACAGAGUAAGACAAAAAAAAUAUCAUUAAAAACAUUCUUUGGAAACCCUGAAUUUGAAAUCUUUUGUUUGAGAUUCGAUUUCGAGGAUCAACUCAUAGCAGCUGGAUGUUCGGAUGGAACAGUCAAGGUUUUUAACAUAGUGUCUGGUAUAAAGAAAGCAGAAAUAUUUAAGGGAAAUUGGCAUUCAAUUUGCAGGGAUCUUCAGAAGGAGCCAGUCCAACAACUGCAAUUAGAUGGAGGAGAGAUGUAGCCAAUAAAGCCAAAAGCGUGUUUUUAUCAGCGAAUUCUGAUGGCUCCCUAAUGAUGUGGCAGGCUCAAACGGGAAAGCAAUUAUUCAGAACAGUCGAAUAGGGCAAUCAAUUAUUGGCCUUAGAUAUAAGAUCAGACGGAGAUCAAUUUGCUACUGCCGGCAAAGAUUUUAAAGUGAGUAUUUGAGAGUGAUUAUAAUAGAUACGUGUUUACGACGAUGAAAAGAAAGAAGUGAUCCACACUUUUGACAAGGCUGAUUAGUAAGAUUUCAUUAUUUACACAAGCAAUCAACCAGGACAUCAGAACAGAAUCUUUGCUCUCAAGUAUUUGGAAGAAACACCCAACAUUCUACUCUCUGGUGGAUGGGAUGGUAAUCUCUUGAUCUGGGAUCUUAGAGAUCACAAAUCUAUCGGAACUAUCUAUGGUCCUAAUCUUUCUGGGGAUAGUUUAGAUUUUAGGUAUCCACAUUUACAUUCUAUAUCUAGAAAUGGUUAAAUCUUGACGGGCUCUUAUAGAACAAACAACUAAAUGCAAUUGUGGGAUUUUGGUACCAGGCAACUAAUCUAAGAGAUACCAUGGGAUAAAAAUAAUACCAACAGUGAUUUCUAUGUCUAUUCUUGUCAAUUCAGUAAAAUAAAUGGAGACACCAUCUUGGCUGGUAGCAGUGGUCGAUAAGAAUUAAAGUUGUUCGAUAUUAAUAAUCAAUAUUAAACAUGCGGUUACAUCCAGGACUUAUAAGAAGGUAUCAAUAAUCUCAAAUAUUCGCAUAGGAGUUUACUGUGUGGAUUACGGAAAUAAGAGUAACAAAUUUGCUUUCGGUGGAGGAGAAGGAGUGGUCUACAUAUGUUCAUUGACCAAUUCAAAGUGAUGAAUAAAUAAUAAUAUAUAUAAAA